AUGGACCAAUACACCAGUUUUAUGGAUACUGAGUCGCUGCGCUCCGAGCCGUCGACCGUCGCGCUCGACAACUACCCAGCCUCACCACCUCCAGAGGCACUCAUCGCUGGCUUUCCUCAUCCCCCUAGCCGGGCGCGCAAGGAUGAGGAGCAUCCCAAUCUAACACCCAAGCCAUCCCUCAAAACUCUCCGUCGCAACUAUAUGAUCCACGAGCUGCCUCUUCUCCACGAGCCCAAUCCUUACUACAACAAUGACAGUGACCAGCAGCAGUUCCAUCCGCUUCAAGAACCAGGCCUCUCGUAUGAUUUGAUUGCUCCAGCCGCAUCUGACGACGCUGCUCCCCUCCACAGCCUCGAGCGUCUCGCCGACCUCAUGUUCUCUUCCGAACACAUGCUCUCUAUUCUCAAUAAUCCACGCUAUCUUGCGCGAUUUCGCGAAUUUCUGCUCGAAGAGCGUCCGCGCUCUCUCGCCCUCCUGACAUACUACCUCACAGCCCGCAAGGCUCUCCUGGCUAUUGACUAUGCCAACGCGCUCGUUCGGUCCGUCAUCGACGCACCCCCAGUCACUAUCGCGACGCCCGACCCAAUCGUGGGUCAAAUCUCCCACCCGGUGCUGUAUCAGCGCGUCACAGAGGCUCUGCAGGCCCUCACAGCGGAGGAGCUUCCCGCUUUCAUCACCGCCCGCUGUAUCAGCUUGACGAGUAGAGUGGUCGAGGAGCGCGUACGCGGGACUCUCCCGCCCAAAUUCCAGGGUGCGUCCGAUGCGCUGGCGGAGGUGUUCUGCUUGACCGAUCCGUCACGACGGGACAAUCCUAUCAUUUUCGCCUCAGAGGAAUUCCAUCGCACGACUCAAUACGGCAUGGACUAUGUGCUCGGUCGCAAUUGCCGGUUUUUGCAGGGGCCGAAAACCAACCCUAACAGCGUGAGACGCAUUCGCGAGGGCAUCGAGAAUGGAAGGCAUCAUUCCGAGCUGUUCCUGAAUUACCGCCGCGAUGGCUCUCCGUUCAUGAAUCUACUACAGUGCGCCCCGCUGUGCGAUAGCCGUGGCACGGUGCGGUACUUCAUCGGCGCCCAAAUCGAUGUCUCCGGGCUGGCCAUGGACGGUGCACAGAUGGAAUCCCUGCGCGCUCUGCAGGCAAAGCAACGGCGAGCCGAGGCCAAGGCGGCGGAGGAUGCGCGGGACGAGGACUCCAUGGAGAUCAUCCAGCCAGAGGAAGGGAUAGAAGAGGAAGGCGGGGUGCAGGACGAAUUCCGGCAGCUGACCGAGCUGUUCAGCCCGCGGGAGUUGACCGUCACGCACGAGGUCGGCGGGACGCUCUUCCACCCCAGCGCGGUGUCCAGUACGGCCGGGAUGCUGGAUCGGGGCAGCUGGCAGGCGAUGAGUCGGACGUGGUCGAUGGUCGAGGAUGAGGCCAUCCGGGAGCGAGAGGUGAAGGAGUCCAUGUGGAGAGGCUCAUUGACCGGGGUGUAUGAAAAUUACCUCCUGGUACGACCGUACCCCUCGCUGCGGAUUCUCUUCACCUCCCCCGCGCUCCAAAUCCCCGGCAUGUUGCAGUCCUCCUUCCUGUCGCGGAUCGGGAGUACCUCGACCGUGCGUGAGGAGUUGCUGGAAGCCCUGAAAGGUGGGCGGAGCGUCACCGCACGUAUCAAGUGGGUGACGAGGUACAACACCCAAGGACGCGAUCGAUGGGUCCAUUGCACGCCAUUGCUAGCGAGCAACGGGGAGGUGGGGGUAUGGAUGGUGGUAGUUGUGGACGACGAUUGA